AUGAGAUCCUCGGUUUUACAGGGUACCAUCACCCUCGCCAUACUCCUUGGGGAGGUGAUUGGACUCCAAUUGGACACUCAAUACGCCAAAUUUCAAAGUCGAGACAUAUCUAUGACACCAGUCCCACGGACUGUUGAUCUUCUUCGCCAUCAAAAUGCCGGAAAAGAAGUCCCGCGAAGGGGCAAGAAAGAGCGCCUGGAGAUUUUUGAUAAUAGCCAAGGGGUAGCUCUUGGAAAGCGGGCUAAGAAGCACCCCAAACCACCAGCCAAGGCAAGCAAGCCAGCAGCCAAGGCAGCUGUCAAAGCGGCCAAGCCAGCAUCUAAACCAGCCAAGCCAGCAGCCAAGGCAAGAAAGCCAGCUGUCAAAGCAGCCAAGCCAAAAGCUAAGACAAGCAAUCCAGCUCUCAAAGCGGCCAAACCAGCAUCCAAAGCAGGCAAAGCGACCAAAGCGGCAGCCAAACCAGCCAAACCAGCCAAACCCGCAGGUAAACCGGCAGCCAAGGCAAGAAAACAAGCUGUCAAAUCAGCAGGCAAAUCAGCCAAGGCAAAAGCUAAGGCAGGAAAAGCAGCCGGUAAGGUAGGCAAAUCAACCAAAGCAGCCAAGCCAAAAGCCAAGCCAGCAAAGCCAGCAGCCAAAGCAGGGAAGACUAGUAAGAAAGGCAAUACAAACAAACCCGCCAAAUCAGCAAAGGGGAGCAAGCAAGGCAAAGCGACUAAGCCUGCUAAAACCAACAGGCCGACAAAAGCCAACUCAAGACAGGGAAGCAAGCUAGCCAACGCACCGGGCAAGUCACAUACGCCCGCGAAGACAAACAAGCAAGGCAAAGCAAAGAAGUCGCCCAAAGCAGGAGCAAAGGAAACUAAGGCAAAAAAGCCAACUGCAAAGCCAGGCAAGGCAGGAGUCAAGGCAAAAAAACCAGCGAAAGGAACAGGCAAGCCUUCAAAGGCUGGCAAGCAGGCCAAACCGAAAAAACCUGCCAAGCAAGGAGCCAAGGCAAGCAAGCCAACACCGAAAGCAGGCAAAGCUGGUAAACAGGCUAAAGCGAAGAAGCAAUCUGAGCCAGGGGCCAAGGCGAGGAAACCGACAAAAGGACCGGCCAAGAAAGCGAAUUCGAACAAAUCAGAAAAGUCGAAAAAGUCAGGGAAGACAAAGAAACCCUCAGCCAAGCAAGCGAAGGCAACAAAGAAUUCAAAGGCAAAACAGCAAGAUAGAGUGAGCAAGUCAACCAAAACCAACAGGACCGGGAAGAAGCCGAGCAAGCAACCCAAGACAAACAAACCCGGGAAUCGCAACGGCUCUAGAAAAGCAUCCAAAUCUGUCAAAGCAAAGAAGCCCGGAAAAGCAAAGAAGAUUGGCAAGGCUAAAAAAGUCAGCAAACCAACCAAAGGGAAUAAGCAAGGGAAGCCGAAGAAGAAUAGAAAGGCAAGAAAACAGUCCACGCCACAAAAGUCAAGAAAGCCCAAUGCUUCACAAUCCAGCAACCACAAAAAGGUGGGCAAAGGCAAGGUUGGAAAUCACCAGAAGGCAAAGGCUUUCAAGCCCGCAAAUGGAAAACUUUCGAAAGUCGAGAAGUCUGAAAAUGGAAAGCAAACAAAAGAUGGAGGUCGCAAGGCUGGAAAAGCUGGCAGGGGAGGUGCCUCUAAGAAGGGCAAAAAAACCUCAUCCAAGGCGACCAAGCCCAGCAGACUUAAACAGAACAAGGCAGAAAAAGGAAUAGCAAGAGCGGGGAGCAAAGGCAAACCUUCGAAAUUAGACAACGUCAGAAAAUCCAAGGCUCAAGCGCCCAGAAGGGGCAAAACUGGGAGUGGCAAACCCGCGAAUCUUGGGAAGACCAAGUCUACAAAGCCCAGGAAAGCUAAGUCUACUAAACAAGCCAAAGGCAAGUAUCCAAACCCUGCUAAAUCCAAGACCGCGAACACUAGAAAGGGCAAGCCCACGAAGACCAACCAAGGAAAACCCAAUAGAAAAGGAAAGGGCGGUUCGAAAAAGGCAAACAAAUCGAAUAACGGAAGUAACCCGAGGAAGGGAGGCAAACGAGAAAAAGGCGUUGACGCCAAGAACACAGGCGAUUCAAAGAAGGGAGGGAAGCCUGUGAAGGAGAGCUCGGCGACACCUGGAAAGGACAAAUCAGCAAGCCAUGGCAAAGAAAAACAAACAGCAUCUGGGGGAGGGUGUCUGUUGAGCAGAUCCGGGGAGGAAGGAGGAGGACAAGGCAGUUGCGCCGGUAGGCCAGCUCGUACUGAACCCAUUGACCCCUUCGAUGAAAAUAAUAAACAGUUCAAAUAUGUCUCAGCGGACACGAGGAUGACCAUAAAUCAUGCUGGUAAGAAGUUUGAUGAGUGGGAGGUCUCGCGGCAUGAUUACUCCAAGGGCGAGCCGGGGGACCUUACUAUAAACAGAUUUGGCUUGAAGAAGGGUGAUGCGAGCGAGGUUGUGAUAGCCGAUGCGAAGAACAAGUAUGAUCCACUGCGAGACAAAGACGGCAGGACCAAAGAGGAAAACCAAGCAGCAAGGGAGAAACAGAUGAAGAAUUUAGAGCAACAACCGGACUCAACCGAAAAAAAGGAGGCAAUAAAGAAGCUCACUGAGGCAGCGAAGAACGACGACAAGCCAGGAACCUACGAUAAGGCAAGCCAGGCAGAGCUUCUCAAAGGUAUUUAUGGAGAGGCGAAACAGGACCCAUCCCAGCUCAAUACGGUGCAUCUUCAAAGUAUAAAUGAGGAGACGACCAACCCAGCAAUCAAGGAGAUUAGGAAAGGAGCCGAAGGUAAUAUUGUCGGUAAUAUUGUCAUGAGUGAGACGGAGAACAAGGAAAAAUUCGAAAAGAUCAUGGGCACUAAGUGGGGAGAGGGUGUUACGAAAAUCGCUGAUGAGUUCAACAAGAAGGUCGACAGUGUCACCAGCCCUGAGCCAGAGAAAGUUAAAAAAUCAAAGGGAUGGGGGAAAAAACCUGAGUUUAUUGAAAAGGACCCGCAUUUAGAGUUCAAGCUUUCGGACAAGCAGAGCGAGGACACUCAGCAGAGCGGUUAA